AUGUCGGUAGAGGAGAAGGUCGCAGACCUCAACAUUCAAGAGAGCUCUGAGCAGAAAAUCACACCGUGGGAAGUGGAAGGAGCAGUCGUAGACGGUAAAUCUCAAGGCAUCGACUAUGAAAAAUUAAUCAAGGAAUUCGGAACCAAAAGUAUAACACCAGAGACUUUGGCUCGCUUCAAAGAAGUCACGGGAGAGGAACCACACCCGUUUUUGAAACGUGGAGUAUUCUUUUCAGAAAGAGACUUGCAUAGAAUACUAGACUUGUAUGAACAUGGAGAACCGUUUUUUUUGUACACGGGCCGAGGCCCCUCGUCAGAUUCCAUGCAUUUGGGUCACAUGAUUCCUUUCAUUUUCACGAAAUGGUUGCAGGAUGUCUUUGAUGCUCCAUUGGUAAUUGAAUUGACCGACGACGAAAAGUUUCUUUUCAAGCCCAAGUUGACAAUUGAAGAUGUCAAGAAUUUUGCAGUGGAAAACGCAAAGGACAUCAUUGCCGUUGGUUUCAGCCCGGAAAACACAUUCAUCUUUUCCGACUUGCAAUACAUGGGGGGCGCGUUUUACGAAAACGUGGUGAGGACGUCGCGUUCAAUCACCACCUCGACCGCCAAGGCCGUUUUCGGAUUCAAUGAUUCCGAUUGUAUCGGUAAGAUUCACUUUGCCAGUGUCCAAAUUGCCACAGCGUUCCCUUCAUCCUUCCCCGAUGUGCUAGGAUUACCACCAAAGACCCCAUGUCUUAUCCCAUGUGCAAUUGACCAAGACCCCUAUUUCAGAGUCUGUCGAGAUGUCGCUGAGAAAUUGAAAUUUUCCAAACCGGCAUUGAUACACGCAAAAUUCUUCCCGGCAUUGCAAGGUGCAUCCACCAAAAUGUCCGCUUCUGACACAACCACCUCGAUUUUCAUGGACGACACUCCCAAACAAAUUCAAAAGAAAAUCAACAAGUAUGCUUUCUCCGGAGGCCAGGCGUUGGCAGAGGACCACAAGAAGUACGGAGGCAAUGUGGAUGUUGACGUUGCCUAUCAGUACUUGUCAUUCUUUAGUUAUGACGAUGACAAGUUGGCGCAAUUGGCCGAGGGUUAUAGAAAAGGCGAGAUUUUGUCCGGCGAGAUGAAGAAAGAAUGUAUUCAAGUUCUUCAAGAGUUUGUUGGCGCUUAUCAGGAACGAAGAGCCAAAGUUGAUAAUGCGGUAGUUGAUAGUUUUAUGAAACAACAUAAACUAGUUUACGGAACAAAGCAGAGGAAAGUUGCACCAAAGGAAAGACAGGAAAAGAAGAAGUAG